AAAUGGCUGAGCAGCAACGACCUACGACAACACACGAAAUAACUUACUAUUUAAACAUCGAAAAUGCAAAAAUUAUUGCCCUCUUUAUGGUCACAGGAUUCCUUAUGUACCAUGGAGUCAUUCACCUAAAAUACAGUAAUGAUACUUGUAAGUGGUUACUAAGCGAUGGACGCUUCCCUGGUUACAACACAUGGCAACCCUAUGGAUGUAUGAUGCAUAAAUAUACAAAGAGCGAUGCUCGCAUGUGUAUGCAUUAUAUUUCUUACUGGGGGAAGAGGAACCAUAUAGCCUUCCUUGGAGACUCAAGGAUAAGACAGCUGUACUUUGAGUUUGUAAAUCUACUUAGUAAUGAUCCAGUCAAAAACCAAAAAGCCCACACAAAUCUACACUUCAAGGAUGACGAAAUCAAAGUGUCUGCUGAUUUUUUGUGGCAUCCUAUGGUCAAUACAUCCAUGUUUUAUGUUUACAAAUCUUGGUUAAUGAAUGAACCACUGAACAGACCAAAUCAGAUAAUUACUGGUAGUGCUACGUGGAGCAUCAAGUUGAAUAAUGCCAGUGAGGAUGCAUUAAAAAAUUUCCAAGUAAAUCUAACAAUGAUACAGCCAUUAUUUAAAAACUUGAAAGCUGACAAGAAUACCGAUAUAAUAUGGAUGCUACAAGAUCCUGUUGAUGAAAAUAGACUAGGCCUAAACAGAUCCAUGAUAACUAACAGACAGAUUGACCAGUAUAACAAAGUGGCUAUAGAUUUAUUAGAUGAGAGCCAGGCUAAGGUAUGGAGUUCAUCUCGACUGGUGGCACAGGGAAUCAGACAACCAGCAAAAGAUUUACCUGACGAUGGGUUACAUAUAUCUAAACCAGCUCUACAACUAGAUGUACAGAUUUUAUUGAACAUGUACUGUAACGAUCAUAUGAACUAUAAUGAUGGGACAUGUUGUCGUAGUCCAGAGACAGCUACCACAGUGCAAAUUAUUACAGCAGCUUUCUUCCUUGUCUGUUUUGUAUCUGCCAUUGCUUUGUUUUUCUACAAGAGAAGACUUCCAAGAAAUGGCAUUAAGCCGAGAACAGAGAAUGGCAACAAAAAUGGAGCACCAAAAGAACCAUAUGAAUCCUUAUAUGAAGUUAUGGUAUCUCUAGCCAAACUUGGAAUGAUUAUGGGAUAUGUUUAUCUUUGUGAUAGAACGAACUUCUUUAUGAAAGAGAAUAAGUACUACACACAUGUUAACUUCUUCCUACCAUUUGCUUAUGUGAUGAUCCUUGGAUUUUUCUUCACAGAGAGUACUGAACAGACUGUAGUUUUACAUAGAGACCAGACAGAUGAAUGGAAAGGUUGGAUGCAGCUUGUUAUAUUAAUUUACCAUUUAACAGGAGCCAGUAAGGUUUUGCCGAUCUACAUGCAGAUACGAGUACUUGUUUCCUCCUACUUAUUUCUGACUGGCUUCGGCCAUUUUUCAUUCUUCUGGAAGAAAGGAGAAUAUAGUUUAUACAGAUGUAGUAUGUUGGGAGGCUGCUUAAACUGGCAAUCUCGACAGAAUACAUUUCGUAUUAUGCUGGAAGUGCUUUUCCGUUUAAACUUCCUGGUUGUAGUGCUGUGUUUUGUUAUGAACAGACCAUACCAAUUUUAUUAUUUUGUGCCACUGGUUUCCUACUGGUUCCUUGUUGUGUAUGUCACCAUGGCAAUAUGGCCCCAUGUAACUGCAGCUUCAACUGAAGCCAGAAAAGUACAUUAUUUCUACAUGGUGGCCAAGUUUGUUAUAUUAAUAACAUUGAUAGCUUUGUUUUACAUGUCAGAGGUGUUUUUUGAUAAAGUAUUUCUACUUAGGCCAAUCAAAUCUCUAUUUGUGCUACAAGAUGAUUCCAUAUCAGAGUGGAGAUUUAGAUGGUCUUUAGACAGAUACAGUGUUGUUUAUGGAAUGGCAUUUGGAUUUGUAUAUGAGUUAGCCAAAAAAUACAAGUUUAUAGAUGAUAGCAACAAUGAGAAUUUAUUUUCCCGAAUCUUUUCAACGUGUGUUGUUUUCUUAGGCCUUCUAGGUCUUGGUAGUUAUGUGAUUUUUACAUUCCUGUGUAAGAACAAAGUUGAGUGUAAUCAGUUUCAUUCCUAUCUGACAAUUGUACCUAUUGUAUCUUUCAUAUUAAUACGCAAUGUUCCUGGGUGGCUGAGAACAAAGUACAGUUCAUUUUUUGCAUGGUUUGGUAAAAUAUCAUUAGAACUUUUUAUAUCUCAGUACCAUAUUUGGUUAGCUGCUGAUACCCAUGGAGUACUGGUUCUUAUACCAAGUUAUCCUGUUCUAAAUGUUAUAAUUACUUCUUUUAUAUUUAUAUGUAUAAGUCAUGAAAUCUCUAAAAUAACAGGGGCAUUGACUAAACACGCCAUUCCGUCAGAGUGGAAGGCAUUGUUACGUAACUUUAUUAUAUUUUGUUUGAUACUACUGCCAUUAUGUAUUUCUCAUGGUGUGCUUUCUUUUUAACAAAUUUGUUUCUGUUAAUUUCCAUGUUUUGCUAUUUAUUAGAUUAAGGCUGUUCCAAACUUAUCAGUAAGGGGGAUUGGAGGUACUUAAAUUAAUAUAAUAUGGGUUGUUGCAUUUUUCUUAGAAUUUUGUAAGAAUUAUAAGUACCGGUAAAAUGAAAGUUUUUAUUUUAUGGGUGGUUUCGGUCUGAUAAAAGUUCCUCCGAUGUUACCCAUGAGCUUAAUUCUGGAACUGACCUUUGUAAUGUGUUAAAAGAUAUAGAUUGUAACUGCUCAUGGAUGGAAAAACUAUUUUUGUGUUGCCUGACUCUGAAGCUGUAGUGACACCUGGGGAUCACUUCUGUUGUCUUGUCCCUGUCAUCCACAUCAAACUUUGUUAAUCAGUUACUCCUUGAAAACAGUUGGCAAAAUUAAUCUGAAUUUACACAGAUUCAUUUUUUUGGACAAGAAAUGUGCACCUGCAUUUAUAUUUUUGAUCUGAGCAAAAUUUAGACGAAACUGAAAAUCAAAAUAGAAAUUUGCCAAACUCCUUUGAUUCUUUUUUUUGUUUACAUUUGUUUAGACUUUGUAUUAAAAUAAAAUCUCUCAACUUAGAGAACAUAACUGCCACUGUAUUAAUGCUUUAUCUUCAUGAAUGAACAGAUAUAUAUUGCUCUAUAUACUGCUUGAUAUGUUAAAGCAAUUUAGAAUUGCAACUUUUUUUCUUGUUAGACAGCAAACAUUUAUGUAUAAGGGCUAUUCUAUUUAAAUGUAUGUGGGAGGGUAGGAAGGGACUUUCAAAAUAUCCCUACAACCAAGAACCAUUUUUUAGAUAAUUUUGCAUAAUGGUAAUAGACGCAUACUGAAAAAAGACCCGUGACCCACAUUCAAUAAAUAAACUUCCCUUCCUACCCUCCCACAUACAUUUUAAUGGAAUAGCCCUAAAUAGUAUUGUAUAAUUACGUGAUUGCAAAGAAUAAUCCUAUUUUUGUUUUACAUUGUCAAAUUAAUUGGAAUGUUAUGUAGAGUGUACAUCAAUGUAGUUUAUAGUGCUUUCUUGCCAUUUUAAAACUGUUCAGCAAACCAUACACAGCGUUGAAAAAUAUCAUUGAAAACUUAAUUUUCUGAUUGAAGUUCUAUCACAAUUUGAUUUUGAUGCAGACCAUGUGUCAGUGCUUCAGUGAAAGGGUCUUGUGUCAGUGCUUCAGUGAAAGGGUCUUGUGUCAGUGCUUCAGUGAAAGGGUCUUGUGUCAGUGCUUCAGUGAAAGGGUCUUGUGUCAGAGCUUCAGUGAAAGGGUCUUGUGUCAGAUCUUCAGUGAAAGGGUCUUGUGUCAGUGCUUCAGUGAAAGGGUCUUGUGUCAGUGCUUCAGUGAAAGGGUCUUGUGUCAGAGCUUCAGUGAAAGGGUCUUGUGUCAGAGCUUCAGUGAAAGGGUCUUGUGUCAGAGCUUCAGUGAAAGGGUCUUGUGUCAGAGCUUCAGUGAAAGGGUCUUGUGUCAGUGCUUCAGUGAAAGGGUCUUGUGUCAGUGCUUCAGUGAAAGGGUCUUGUGUCAGAGCUUCAGUGAAAGGGUCUUGUGUCAGAGCUUCAGUGAAAGGGUCUGACCCCUCUCUGUUUUACUUUCUAUUUUGAAGACCUCUCUGGGAUCCUCUGGUUUUGUGGUGAUGAUGCAAAUCUUCAAAAAUUUAGAGGCAAAAAUUUCAUUGAUUGAUGUUAUAAUUCCUGAGAAAAAAAAUAAAAAGGAGCCUGUUCAGAUCCUUAUAAGCUAUUAAAGCCAUGAUACAGAAUAUUUAUGUUGUGGGAAAAUUUACGGGAGAAUAUUAAAUCAUUUUUUUUAAUUUAUUUUUUUUUAGAAGUGGGGAGAGAGAAGUGGAGGUAAAUAUGGGAGGCUUUCUUGAAUUAUUUUAAAUUACUGUAAUCAGAUUUCACCUUUCAUAAUCAUAUUGUGUGGCUUUACAACCGAUUGUUGUCAUAAUGAACAAUUGAGGGUCUAGACAGAGUUUACAGAAUAUGGAUUAAGGAUGUUCGCUACUCUGUUUCAAAAUAACAAGCUUUUUAAAAGACUGUUAUAAAUUGAUAGUAUAAAAAUAAAGAAGACUGUUAUAAAUUGAUAGUAUAAAAAUAAAGGAACUGAAAAAGCAGAAAAAAAUGAAGGGUUCAUGUGCUUGUUUUCAAAAUAUAAGCAAUUGAAAAUUUGGCAGGAAAUGAUUCUCUCUAGAUUUUUCAUACAUUUAACAUUGGCACCUUUUUUCUUACAAAAACAAUUAAAAAAAACAAGGAUUUUAUAAGAUUUUUAAACUAUAUGAAAUAAAAUUAUGAAAAGAAAUGAAGAGGUUAGUGUGCAAAAUUUUAUAAUGGCACUAUAUGGAUAAAACCAGAGGAUUCCGAAUAUCUGACAAAAAUUCAAAAACAAGAGGAGCGAACAUCCUUAACAGGUGGGGGAGGGAUAAAGCACAUAGAAUAGUAUUAAAAUAAAAAGUAUAGAGGAAAUGGACUUAAAAUUUAUGUAUACAGAAAGGAAGAUUCCCCCUUCUUGACCCUCACAAAUUGGGUGCUUUAUUGAGGUUUAGAACCACUUAUUUUAAUUGAUGUUUAUUUACCUGUGUUUUUAAGUAUCUAAGAGGUCAAGUAAUGAUAUUUAAUAUGAGGGAUAAGUUAUUGUGUGUGAUACAUUAUGAGGGAUUAAUUAUAGUGUGUGCUACCUUAUAUUCAUGUAAUUUUUAUUUUUAUAUGUGUGUAUUUAUUUUAUGAAUUAUUUUUCUUUUUAUCGCAAUGAUUGUUCAUGUUCUUGAAUUUUAUUCAAAGUAUUAGGCUAUGCAAAUUUUGUGAAAUAGAAAGCAGAAAAAAACUGUGUUUAUGUAUUUAAUACAAAAGAUUACGCAAUUCAUUCUACUACGCAAAAUAACCGAAUGUUGUGGAGAUGACAGCAGAAAAAAAUGUAAAGAAUUCUGUUUUAAUGAUUGUCAACAUGCGAAAGUAUUGUAAAUUUUGAAAUUAUUGCAAGGUUUUUAUGAAUUCGAUGCAACUAGGUGAGUAAUGUGAUGAUAUAAACUUGCAUUCUGAUUUCUAUACAUAAAUCUGUAUGCAAUGCAGAUUUGCCUGAAAUCGCAAUAAUUAAUCUCGCAUUUGUGUCCAUUCUUCAAAAAUUGUGAUAUAAAUGCACAAAAUAAUUUCUGAAUUUACAGCACCGUUGUUAAAAGGUAGAAAUAUUGAAAAAUAGGAUAUGUAUGUAUCAUUGUAAAAUAAAACAAAGGAAUAAAUAUUUGAAUAAUCAUGUUAAGUACAAAAAAUGGGCAUUCUUAUCAUAAACUUUUACAAAUCAUCUAAUUUUACGUUUAACAUGCAGUCCAGGCUAGGAACUGAUUUAUAAUGCAUUGAUUAGGUAUAAUGGGACAUGGAGAAGGGUAGACGACUACUCGCAAUGAAGUGUCCUAUUUAAAUUCUGAUAUGGUUUUUAAAUAGUGUGUUUUGUAAUAAUGAAUCAACAUUAAAGUAGAAAGUAUUCUGGUCAACGUAUGUUAUUAUAUCCCCACCCACGGAGUGUCAGGUAUACUGCAAUUAGCUUGCCCAUAAUUCCUCUGUCCAUUCAUCUGUGGCAGAGUAAUUUUUAGGACUAUUUGAAUUAUUGUAAAUUGUGUAAAUUCUGAAAAUUUUGAUGAAUAUUCAUGACGGUUUUAUUUGAAUCAUUGUAUUCCAUUGGUCAUUAUAGUUUGGUGGUCAAGUUGAACUAUCUUUUGUUUUGGACUGGGAGAUUAACAUGGGAUGAUGAACAAAAUGGUCGUUUGAAUUGUGUUUCCUGAUUUAUAUUUACCUGUUUACCUUAUACAGUAUUCAAUUCAUGUUUUGGACACGACGAAUUAACUAGACUGAUGACCCUCCCCCAGUUUUGGUGGGGUUCGUGUUGCUCAGUCUUUAGUUUUCUAUGUUGUGUUUUGUGUACUGUUGUUUGUGUGUCUUUAUCUUUUUAACCAUGGCGUUGUCAGUUUAGUUUCGAAAUGUGAGUUUGAAUGUCCCUUGGUAGCCUUUGCCUUUCUUUUGCAGAACUGGCUGGCAGUCACUUCCUGUUUGACAAUACUUAUAAUUUUUAUUUUACCAACUGAGCUUCUGCAUUGAUGACUGAUUUAAUUUUUUGUCUUAGAACAUUAUUAUGAUGAAUUGUACUGAGUAGAUAAGUAAAUCACCACUAUCUCCACCAAGAAGACCUGACAGCCACAAAAUUGUGUAUAGUACUGAAAGUGGCGUUAAACAUCAACUAUCAAUCAAUCAGGUCUACUAGGCAGUUAAAUUUUGUUGUCUAAUUAACACUAGGGGUUAAACUUUGCACUAGAUUGUGUUCAACUUCUUGUUUUAAAUUGUUUUUAAUGCUUGUAUCAAGAAUAAUUGUGGAAAAUAAAAGAAGAAUGUGUCUGAGGACACGAAUGCCCCUGCUCAAGCUUGCAAUGAAAAUGGGACAGACAGACGGAGAGACUGAAGGACGGACAGUCAAGGGUAACACUUAAUGCCCCGUUGCCUAAGGGGGGCAUUAUUAGGUGAUAUUAUAUGAAUACAGAUAUGAAGGGUAAACAAGAUAAAGAAAUCAUCUUAAUUACAGAAAAAUGUUAUAGUAAAAUAAUUUUCAUUACAAUUGUACUGAAAUGACGUUAUUUUUAAAGAUAAAGAAAAAUGUCAAAUAUUAGACUUAAAAGAGUUAAUACAUCAAACAUUUUGUGGGAAAUGUAUCUCGAUUAUUGUAUAUUUUAUAUGAACAGUGGUUUGUACAUUUAGUACUAUAAAUUCUGGGGAAAAAUAAGUUAAGUAUAAAGUGUUGAAUGAUGAAAAUACUUUUUAAGUAUACUUUUUGUAGGAAAAAUACUUUAUUCAUAUAUGUUAAGCACUUUGUAUGGGGAAAAUGCCUCAACCAAUGUGGAUUCAUUAUUAUUCGUGGGAUACAAAUUUUUCGUGGAUUUCGAGGGCACAGGUGAACCAGGAAUUUUUAAAAAUAUCAAAAAAGUACAAAUUAUUAUUAGGCUUGUAUGCAGACUUUUGUAAAACCACGAAAUCAAAUAUCCAUGAAAAUAAAAUUUUUCCGUAAUCCACGAAAUUGGUACCCACGGCAAUAAAUGAAUCCACAGUACAUAUAAAGAGAAUGUUUAUUUACCUGUUAUUGUUAAAUCUGCAUUGAUGAAUUUAAUGUUAUAGCCUGUUUUCUUGUUUUAUGAUGUUAUAGAUUAUUUGCAAUUUAUAAAACUGUGUAUCUCAAACUCGAUUGCUGAAACUGAUUAUGUUUGGAAAUCUGUUCAGAGUAAUAAACACAGAAAUAAAUUACUAUUAAUAUUUUUUUGUACAUUACAUAAAUUGUCUAUAUACUUUUAUACAUGCGCUUACAGUUUGUGCUUGGUACAUUUACAUUUUAGAAAUACACUUAAAUAAUACAAUGACCGAUUACAGAAAAGUCUUUGUUAAAUUAGAAAAUAUAGCCUUCAAAAGUUGUUGAUAUAAGUCAAUCAAAAUAAAGAUGGUUUGCAAUACAUUUAUCAUUUUCUAAACCAGGAUAAACAUUCUGAUGACAAUUAUUUUCUAUUCAAAGGAAUACGAUUUUUGUCUCCCCUUAUUUUAGACACCGAAUCAAGACAUAGCCAUCCUACUUUGCUUUGUCUGUGUUGUCAACAUUUAGAUUAAGUAUAUUGUGAAAGUUUUAUUACUAUACCAAUAACUUUGUCAAACCUUUGGGGCUGUGCCAUGAAACCUUACAUGGGAUCCAGAAAAGGAAACUUUAAUUUGUCAAUAUUGGUGGGUGUAACAAUUGGUUUGAAAUGUAUGCAGGUCUCUAAAAUUGAAUCUGUGGGUGGUUUCCUUAUUUUCGAAGUGCCUUCCCUGGGUACAAUGUAUGUUUUAAUGGAACAGUCUAUACAGAAUUUUAUGAAACAAAGACAAAUUUAUUCAUGAUCAAAAAACAGUAUCCAUGGAGAAAAAUUUUGAAAUUAAUUUCAUUUUUCCAAACUUAACUGAUUAAUAGACUUCAAUAUUAUUUUUUGGCAGUUAACAUUUGUAUACAGGGCACACAUUAUAAUGGGUAACACUGAAAGUAAAUUACUGUUAAACAUUGAUAAUGUAUUCUGAUCGAAGAUAAUUUGAAAAGUGUUUAUCCUGUGUUAUGUAUAUUAAUUUUCUACGCAAAAUAUUGUUAUAAUCACGUUUUUAGAAAAAGAAAUAAACAAGCUCAGCG